GCCGAUGGCCAGUACCGCUCGCGGCCGGACCUCUCCCCGCCCACGCUGAACGUCACCGUCGAAGCCCCGGACGCCAACGGCACCGAGUACGUGUUCGUCGCGCCGUACGGGGCCGCCCUCGCGCAGCCGGGCGCCUACAUCUACCGCAAGAACGGCGAUCUGGUCUGGUCCGGCAUCGGCUACUACGCGGGCUUCGUGGGCAACUUCCACCGCACCACGUACAACGAUCAGCCCGUGCUGCAGGCCUUCGAGGGGACCAUCGAUUCCACGCACGGCGAAGGCUGGGGGUACCAGGUCUUGUUGGAUCAGAACUACCAGCCCGUCGCCACGGCCAAGGCGGCCAACCACCGCAUCCCCUCCAUCCACGAGUUCAACGUCAUCGACGGGAAGACCGCGUUGGUGGAGGUGUACACGCCCACGCCCUGGAAUCUGUCGGCGUACGGGGGGAAUGCGUCGCAGCAGUGGAUUGGGGACGGGUAUUUCCAGGAAUUCGACAUCGCAACCGGCGACCUGAUCUUCGAAUGGAACGCGCUCGACCACAUCGACCCAGGUGAAAGCCUGGUCCCCCUCGCCUCCGCCGCCGCCGACAGCGGCCUCACCGCCGCCACCAGCUGGGACUUCAUCCACAUCAACAGCGUCGACAAAGACCGGGACGGAAACUACCUGGUCUCGUCGCGCCACCUCGCCACCAUCUUCAAGGUCAACGGCACCGACGGCCGCAUCCUGUGGCGCCUCAGCUCCGCCAACCCCUCCACGUUCACGCUCCCGUCCAGCUUCGAAUUCGGCUUCCAGCACCACGCCCGCUGGCACUACCACUCCGCCACCAAAGAGAUCAUCUCCUUCUUCGACAACUCCAACGCCGGCACGGGGCUGGUGUUCAACAACGUCUCCCGCGCGGUGGUCGUCGAGCUCGACCUGCGCAACAAGACCGCCACCGUGCUGCGCGAGGCGCCCGCGCCCUACGGCAUCUCGGCGGCCUCGCAGGGCGACGCCCAGUUCCUGGACGAUGGACGCGUGUUCGUGAACUGGGGGUCCGCGGGCGCGAUCACGGAGUUUGAUGCGCAGGAUGAGGUGGUGUACCAUGCGUGGUUGGCCGACGAGGGGGUGAGUUAUCGCGGGUUCGUGGGCAAUUGGACCGGGACGCCGGUGGAGGAGCCGGCGAUCGUGGCUUACCGCACUUCGGGGCCAGACGCGCUGCGGGUGUACGUGUCCUGGAAUGGGGAUACGGAGACGGUCGGGUGGCGGUUUUAUGGGCUCAGUCAGACGGCAAAUGCGACGGCACCGGUGUUUCUGGGGCAGGUGGAGAGGAGCUCGUUUGAGACGGUUUUGGUCUCGGAUCGCGUCGGGGUGGUGGGCGAGACGGCGAGAUUUUAUGCGGUGGCGGUGGGGAAGGAGGGUGGUGUUUUGGGACGGACGAGGGCGGUGCGUGCGCAG